AUGCAGACUAAACACUUCUUCUCUGACCCAAACCACCUGGUUCUUACUGCCCUACAUUCUCUCACCCUCACAAACCCGUCCCUCGCUUUUGACCCCGAGAAUAAGAUCAUUUUCCGUCGCCCCGAUGCAACGACGAAAUCCAAGGUCGCUAUCGUCUCCGGUGGAGGCUCAGGCCAUGAGCCGGCCUUUGCAGGAUAUGUCGGUAAAGGUCUCCUGGAUGCGUCCGCGGCCGGCACUAUUUUUGCUUCUCCGGCUGCGGAGCAAGUUCGCAAGGCUGCUAUAGAUUGUGUCGACAACGAGAAGGGCGUCCUCAUCAUCCCCAUGAACUAUACCGGUGAUGUUUUGAACUUCGGUAUGGCUGCGGAAAAAGCCAGAGCCGCAGGAAUAAAAACCGAGUUCUUCGCCAUCAACGAUGACGUCGGCGUUGGCAAGAAGAAGGGUGGGAAAGUCGGGCGACGUGGUAUUGGUGGUGGAAUUCUGAUUUUAAAGAUAGUCGGUGCUUUGGCAGAGGCCGGUGGAUCUCUCGAAGAGGUCUAUAACGCUGCUCGGUUGGCGAAUGCUAACCUUGCAUCUGUUGGUUCUUCCCUGGAGCAUGUCCACAUUCCAGGUAGGGCUAUCCAGGAUGACUCCGUGCCAGAAGGUGAAAUUGAGGUCGGAAUGGGCAUCCACAAUGAGCCUGGAUCCCAUCGAGUCAAAGCCACGCUUCCGGAGCUAGUCAAGACCAUGCUCCUACAGAUCUUGGAUCACAAUGAUCCCGACCGUGCUUACCUCACGCACAAACCGGGAGAUGAGUUUGUACUCCUGAUCAACAACUUGGGCGCCGUCAGCACUCUGGAGCUUUCAGCUAUCACAGAUGAAGUCUAUCGCCAACUCGAACGAGACCAUAGUAUCAAGCCAAUCCGGGUCAUUCAAGGAACAUUCUUGACCAGCCUAAAUGGGCUUGGCUUCAGUAUAUCCCUGCUGAAGCUUGCAGACACAGGGCUCGGUGCCGGGAAAUCAUUCUUGGAGCUCCUUGAUGCUCCCGCGGAGGCAGUUGGAUGGUCCGCUCCUAUCCAUGCAUCUACCUGGGCUCGCCGUACCGAUGCUCCAGUGGAACUCAAGAAAACAAAGCUUGCUGAAGAAAACCCUAGCAACCUGAAGUUGGAUCCGGCUGUUCUCAAGAACGUGUUAGGGGCUGGUCUCAAGCGUGUCAUCGAUGCAGAGCCGUUGGUUACCCGUUAUGACACCAUUGUCGGAGACGGUGACUGUGGUGUAGGCUUGAAACGUGGCGCAGAGGCUAUUCUUUCGCUCCUGCAGGACCCCUCAUCUAAGAUCACGGAUGACGUGGUGAACGCGGUGAAUCGCAUUGUCACUGUUGUGGAAAACACCAUGGACGGCACUUCAGGUGCUAUCUAUGCGAUCUUCCUAAACGCUCUGGCUCACGGGCUUCGCGAACAAGAUAGUGAUACGCCCGCACCCGCCACUGCUGACGUCUGGUCGAAGGCACUCAGCUAUUCAAUCAAGGCCCUUGGAAAGUACACUCCUGCUCAGCCUGGCGACCGUACACUGAUUGACGCUCUGGUCCCCUUCUGCAAUACCCUCCUGGAGACUAAGGAUGUCCACGCUGCGGCCAAGGCUGCGCAAAACGGUACCGAAGCGACUAAGAGUAUGAAAGCCAGCUUGGGACGGUCCGUCUAUGUGGGCAGCGAAGAUGAAUGGGUGGGCAAAGUUCCUGAUCCUGGUGCUUACGGGCUCAGUGAGUUCUUGACUGGAAUUGCGGAGGCUGUCUAG